GCAAGAACGAAGAUCAUGCUGUUGAGCCUUGUGAUGGUCCUACUUUGGGCAGUCUGUGCUCAGGCUGAUGUUGCUGUGCAACCAGAUUUUGACCUCCAGAAGUUUGCAGGGAUGUGGCAGGUUAUGGGCGGGGCAUCAAACUGCCCUGUAUUCCAGGCCAUGAAGGACAUAAUGCAAACAUCAGCUGCCGUUGUUACACCCCUCCCAGGUGGAGACAUGAGGAUCCUGACUGGCUUCCCUUUCCCCGAGGAAUGCAAGAAGGUAGACAGAGUUUAUAAGAAGACGGAACAGCCUGGACGCUUCUCCCAUGCUGACGAUAUGUCCAAGAGAGAUGUGUGUGUGAUGGAUACGGAUUACGACAACUAUGCUUUCGUGUACACUUUUAAGGAGGUUGAAGAGGAGCCCAGCACCACCACCAUUCAAAUAUACACCAGACACCCUGAUGUAAGUAAAGACAUUAUGGAGAAAUUCAAGAAACAUUGUCAUGAUGUCGGGCUCACUGAUGAUUUGAUGGUGAUGUUACCCAAAUCUGAUGAAUGUGCCAAGGCUCUCAGGUGA